GAGACCAGGGACGUAUGUAGGAUAUAGCGAAAUAGUGUCACGCGGGGUGCUCUGGGGAAUUAUCCUUCGCCAGUUCCAUUUUGGAGGAUAUUAUUUAAAUUAAAAAUGCUUAAGAACAAUUAAAUAAGGAUUCAGCGACUUAACAAGUACUUUUUUACAAGCCGUGACUUAUACUGACAAAUUAAUAACACUAUGUAUCACAACUUUGCAGGAUUCAACGCUUCUACAAUUUUAUUGUUAAUAAUACAUAUUAUUCUUGUAUACGAUAUGAAGAUUGUUUACUUAAAGUUUGAAUUUUACAGGGCAAUAUUAUUAAAUUUUGUUCUCAAUAAUCAAAACAUUUGCUACAAAUCAUGUCACUGAAGUUAGAAGACUUAUUUUUUAUAUGAGCUUAAAUUUCAAAGAUGAAAUCAAUAAUGAACUUAUAAUAGUUUCAUCUAAAAAAUUUUCUAAUUUAAUUUUUUCCCCAGAUUUCAUUCAUAUUACUUUCACGUAUUGCGAAUUUUCCUUCCACGGAAGUUGGACCAUAUCAAUUCGAUGCAUCGAUAGAUUAACCUCCGAAGAAUUUCUGCAAUAAUCUUGCGAACAGUUUAUCCGCGAUGAAUCAUUCUGAAAAUCGCGAAAAUUGUCACAUAUCCACGCGAAUAUUUUAAUUAUCGCUCUUCUUUAGUAAUUUAUACAUAAACAUUGUCUCUUAGCAUUUCCCAGGUCAAAUUUGAAAGACUUUACACUGGUAAUAGUCCCCAGUCGUUUGCAGACAUUAAGGCCGGAAACAAUUAGCAUUCACGACUCUAAAAGCGCAAAUUUUGUAACGAGAUUAAUAAACACGGAAAUAUUGAAUUGUGAAAAUUGCGAAAUUUUGAAAUUUUGGAUAGCGAAGAAAUCAAAUUUAAAAAUCAUGAACUCCGAACAACCACUGAAUAUAAUAUUAAUUUUGUGCAGUGAAGAAUUAUAAAAUACGACAAUUUUGAGUUGUGACAGUCUGUAAGUUUGAACUCACCAUAUUAACAAAUUUUGUUUUGUGUCAAAUCACAUAAUUAGAAAUCACUGAAUUAUCAAACUUUCAAUGAAAUCACAAAAUUUAAACAAGAUUCAAAGUACCUUAAAUACUCCAUUAAAAUUUUCAAGAAAGCCUAAAAAUUAACUAAUUGAGAUAUUCAAAUAUCUAAUUGUUUUCUCGCCUCUUUAAAAGCACGACAACAAGAAUCCUUUAUUCCCGUGCAAAUAAAACGGAAGAAGAAACACGAUAUCAGAGAACCCCUUCGAAGGUGAAUCACACAGGUAUCUCAUAUACAACCCUCUCUUCAAAGCUAUAGCAACACUUCCGGAUGAUAUCGGAAGCUAUCAAUGAGCUCUGUUCAAACGAAAUAAGUGAUAUACUCAUGAAUCAAAUAUUCAACAUAUCAAACGAUAUAUCAUCAUAAACAUAAAAGAAAUAAAAUGUCUUCUUCGUCUGAGAAGCCACAUAGAAGACACACUGUAAGUACCUGCAAAAGAAGUUGGAAUUUUUGUAGUACACCAUUAAAAGAGAAACCUAAGCGGCCAAGUAGCAUAAGCAUAUCUGGAGUUGAUUCCAAUCCUUCCUCGGCAAAAGAACAAAGUAAAAACCAAAUUUUAGUUAGAAUUUCCGAUGGCAAGCAAAAGAGGAAACAAAGGAAAUUACAGCAAAAGACAUCGAAAUUAAAAGGAACUGUGAGAGGUAAUCGUGGGAAAGAAAAGAAGAAAGAAACAAGAAAAAAGAAAUGCAAAACAAAGAAAUCGAUUGUAAAGGUAAAUCCUAAUACAGAUUGGGAAACGUGUAACGAAGAUUCCCGUCUACCUCCAAUUAACAAAUCAACAGAGAAAUUUUCCCAAAAAGCUACUUCUGAAUCUGACAGUAGUGUCUUGUUUAAAGACUUAAGAUCGCCAGAAAGGAUUCGGGAAGCUCCUUGUUUUGUCGAAGAUCGUUUACAGUCGCCGAUUUUGCUACCGCGUGCAUGGGAAAGUCCAGAAAGACUUGAUUUUAAAGAGAAUGAAGGUAAACUUCCUGUGAAAGAUUUACCUUUUUCUCGUCUAUUCGAUGAUUCUGAUGACGAGGAGGAUGCAUUAUGUCUAAGAAAAGAAAAUAUAGUUAAUACGUAUCUAGGUCUCGGAAACAGAGCAAAGAACAAAAAUGAUAUAAGAAUUGAAAAAUGCAAGCAGUGGUUGAUCAAUGUAUCAGCUCCAACAACAUCAAGUGAUAUUCUCUGGAAUGAAUUUGUUAAAAAUAAUUGUAAAGAUAUCAGCAGGUAUCUUGUACCAACUAGUAACACACAAAAAUCACGAAUAAAGAAAUAUAGGCAAACGAGCAACAGGAAUGAAAAAGAUGAAUAUUCUAUAAUCCAAAAUGAUCAUGAAGAAAGAUCUAUUUUUAAAGAGGUUAAAUCAGAGUUGCCUGAAGAUAUGGAUAUUGUGCGUGGAUAUUGGGAUAAAUCUUCGCAAAAAUGGGUUCGAGUUCGCUAUAGACCCGACGUGUACAAUUUUCUUAAUAAUAAAGAAGAUAAUUUUGGAGGGAUGACUCUAAAUCAAUUUCUUCAAAAGUGCAGGGAUCAAAAAGAACAAGUAGAUGAAUCAGAAUCUUUUUCUAGUUCUCCUCCUAGUUCUCAUUCUAGAUCGCCUUUUAGUUCCUAUCCUGGUUCUCCUUUAAUAUAUUUGCAGAAUACUAAAAAAAAUGUCAAAGAUUUAAAAAGUAAUUCGAAUAACAAGAGAAAAAGAACAAAAAGUUUUCUUGAUGAUUUCGAAUCGAAGAGAUCCAGAACAACAAUGGCGAAUGUAUCAAACUUGGAACUGCAAAGGAUAAAUCAAAUACGUCGAUUCGCAUUACGAUUAAAGAAAAAGAGAAUGAUGGUUGACAACGAAAUGCCUUCAUCUUCAAAAGAUACUAAUUCUGAUUGUAGAAUACGUUCACUGAAAAGAGUGAGUAAAAAUGAAUUGGAUGACAGAGAAAAAGAUAAAAAAAGACUAAGGCUGAUCAAAAUGAAAGAUAAACCUACGAUUAAAUCGAUAGAAAUAUUAAACGGUGUAAAAAAAUAUAAACUGGCCGAACGAAAGUAGUGAAUCUCAUAAUUUGUAUUUAAAUACUACGUGCAAACUAUAAAUUUAUUUAUUUAUACAAUUAUAUAUUUAUACUUGAAGAAGAUUCAAUAUUAUAGAAUAUUGAAUAAUUCAUAAUUUGUGAUAUUUUGUCAAUGUUAUGAAAAUUGCGAAAAUUGUGAAACUUUUGCUCGAUCUUUUUUGUAAAUUAUGAACUAUCUUUUUGAUAUCGAAUUUGUGUUGUGUAAAUUAUAUGUACGUAUGUAUAAUAAGUAUCUACGCGUUCGAUUCAAAGAAAAUAUAGUAUUCAUUCUCGUAUACAGAAAAAUGAUUUUUAAUGAUUCCUAUCCUAAUUCCUAUUUUAAUGAUUUCCCAAAUUUAUUUUAGAAUUAUUUAUCUGUUAUUUUCUAUUAUUAGCUAUUAUUUUGAAAAUUUUCUUACAGUUAUUUGCAUAAUCAA